CUCGCAUCCAAUCACAACUCUCUCUACUUAUUAUGGCUAGCACUAAAGUCGAAUACCAGACUGUAACCUUCAAGCAACUUAUCUACAAUGAUUCCGGCUCUGGUGCCGAUACCGACCUGGCAACCUGGAGGCCCGAUCUCUCCGAGGGCUGGUACUACCUUGGUCCAGCUGCGACGAACAACAGCAACACUCCUGGGACCGGAAUCGUUGUCAGGGAGCUCGAACCAGGCGUCCUUGUAGAUGUUGCCGACUGGACCCAAGUGUGGAACGAUACUGGCUCCCACAACAAGACUGACUUCGCGCUCUGGCGUGGCGUAGGCCCCACGCUCGAUUACGUCGUAGUCGGUGGUUUCUUCACCCGCAGCCACAACAAGCCCACCACGGACGAGGCAAAGGGUAUUAAGGCCAUCCAUAAGUCCGCGUUGCACAGCACAGGCCCUGGAAGCCAGAUUUGGACUGAUAAGGGUUCAAAGGCUAAGGAGGAUGGAGCUAUUUGGGGCAUUUCGACCAUUGAUGUGGUGCCCACUGGUGCAUUUGUGCCAGUUGCAGGGUAUAACAACCCACCCCAGGAGUUGUACGGCCUCCAGUUUGUUGAGGUUGAGGGGGGCGGCUUGGAGGGAGAGCAUUAAAUGAGAGUUGAAGCUGUGUCGCAACGACUCUGCUUUUUAAGAUAUGUCUGCCGUGUAAAGGACUUUGAUAGUUAUGCUUGUAUCAUUGACUCCUGAAUUGUUCUGUGUGUA